CCUCCUUAAUGCCCUGUAUGUCCCUGAUCGGUAUGGGUAGUUUGGAUGGACUCGAGUCCCUGUACACAAGCACCCAACCAGGGGAGAUAACUCUCAUCUUCACUUCUGUUGCAGACAAGAAAGAGAAACAAAACAGUUUCUGAGUGCAUUUUGACAUUUAGCAAAAUGCCAAGAUGUUGAUUGUGUGUCGUAUUGACACACAGUCUUACUGUCAUCAGUUGUGUUGAAGUAUCUAAAUGUGUAACUGGUGACAUACGUAGUUGCUACUGAUUUUCUUUUGAUGUGUUAUCAAGGAAAAAGAUACAGCGAGUAUGGUUUUACCCUAAUGUUAGCAUUAUUCCAGAAAUGGGCUUCAUGGGUAUCAAUGAAGGGAAUCAGACCUGGGGCUUUAUCCUGGCCCCCUGAAAAAAAGAAAUGCGGGUGAUAUUGAUGUACAUAUAUGAAAGACAUUUGCACAUAAAUGAUAUGUGAAGAAUGAAUAGGAUGUCAUUUGUAGAAUCAUCAAAAUGCAGCUAGAACCAAAUAACUAACACAAAUAUUACAAAAUGAAAAAGAAAAAUGAGAACCACAAGAUUGAUCUGAGGGAGAAUGACAACUUUGGAAUAUUGUUUUGUUCAGUGAUGAUUUAUCCAUAUAUAUAUGUACUGUUUUGUUCAGUGAUGAUUUAUCCAUAUAUAUAUGGUUUUGCUCAGUGAUGAUUUAUCCAUAUAUAUACGGUUUUGUUCAGUGAUGAUUUAUCCAUAUAUAUACGGUCUGACGUCUCCUUACUGCCAACAACAUCUUGUGCCACCGUCCUGCUCGUGUACCCAUCCUGAGAGAUCGUCAUCGACAGGCCCGACUGCAAUGGGCAAGGCAGCAUCAAAAUUGGCGUCAACAGCAAUGGAGAAGAAUCAUCUUCACUGAUGAAAGUCCCUACUGUGUUUCAACGGUGGAUGGCAGUCAGGGUCUGGCAAAGGAGGGGCGAACAUUAUGCUGAUGCUUGUGUUAUGGAACGAGACCCGUGGGGCGGACCAAGCAUCAUGGUUUUGGGUGGAAUCGGACUGAACCAGAGAGUGGGAGCUGUGGUCUUUCAGAAUAUUGGUCCAGGCAGGGGUAAGGGCAUCACAGCUCUCUGCUACAUUGACCAAGUCCUCAGACUCCAUAUCGUGCCUUUUUUGGCCCGUCAUCAAAACCACACCUUUCAGCAAGACAACGCCCGUCCCCACACUGCCAGAGUCACCAGGGACUUCCUCCAGCAGCACAACAUCCAAAUCAUGCCUGGGCCUGCCCUCAGUCCGGAUUUGAAUCCCAUUGAACACUUGUGGGAUGAGAUCCAACGCCGACUCAACGACGUACGCCCAAGGCCGACAAAUGCAGCAGAACUGCGUGUAGCGUUCCUGAGGAUAUGGGCCCAUAUCCCAAUGGCCUACAUUAACAGACUUGUCCACUCCAUGUACAGGAGAUGUGUGGCUGUAGUCAACGCCCAUGGGUGGCCACACCAGGUCGGCUUGGCUGUAGACUGGACAGGAGGAGCCAUGCUCACGGCUCACCCAUCACAAAGACAUUUGACACCGGGGAUGAUUGUGACCACUUCAGUAACAGCCACUUCAGGGAGUAACGUCAACAGUGUCAAGGGGUCAACCAAUGGGAACAAGUCUCAGUCCAUACAAGGGCCCACUCAAGGCCAGGCAACAGCUCUCGUAGGGGGCAAGCCUGCUGUGAUGUCGGCCCAGGCUGCUGCCCAACCUCUAGUGCUGGGACAGAUAGGUGCCGUGUUCUCGGGACAAGGAACGAACAACCCUAACUUCGUGGCCCAGGUGGCGUCCUCCAAGGGCCAGGCAGUUUCCCUCUCCCACCCGGGCCAGCCACAGCUCAUCACAUCACAGGCGCCACUUCGGCUCAGUCAGCCACAGUUGGUCACAAACACAGGCCAGAUCAUCACAUCGCAGCCCAUGCUCACCAAUCAGGCUGUACUUCAGGCCAUGGCUAGUUUGCAGCAAGGCUUCCCAUUGGCUGCCCACCAGCCCCUAUUGAACCAUGCACAAUCCCCAGCCAUCCUGGCUGGCCAAUCACUGUAUAUCAGGACAGCUAAUCCCAUUCAGACACAGCAAAGCAUGAUGGCAGCUAAUAUGCAGGCAGCCUUGGCCAAUAGUAUGAAGGGUGGCAAGAUGGAGAUGCCACAGAACCUACAAGUAAACACAAAACCCAGUGGAGGUUCUUCAAAAAGCUCAUCACAAACUGGAAAAACACUCCUACCAUCUAAGGCAACCACUGCCAAAAUCCCACCUACUCACAUAUCUGGCCAAGCCACGAAACUGAACAUACCAACUGUCAUCCCCAAACAGUCAAAAGGACGGACAAAAUCCCAGUCCAAGUCCUCAUCGUCAGUCCCCUCCACCCCAACCAGUACAAAAACACCCCCUGUCAGUCACUCCAAACCAGCCACACCCACAAACCAACCCACCAUUGUUGUGCCCCCAGCAAAGAGCCAAUCAGAUUCUGAGGUGGAAAGGGCAAAGAAGUCGACACCACCUCCUGACAUUACUUCCACUAAGGAGAAGUCGGGGAGCGUGACUGUUGACGAAGGAAGCCCAGAGGAAAAGGACAAAGACGUUAUUGAUGACAAUGAUAAGCCACCAGUUAUCACGAAGGAGGUGGAGACGCCGAUGGACACAUCGAUGCCAGAUAAGCCGCCUCCACCGCUGGAGCCAGCCACAGUUGUGGAAAAGCAGAAAGCUAUUGUGAAGCCCCACAUCCUGACUCACAUCAUCGAGGGCUUCGUCAUACAGGAGGGACCAGAACCCUUCCCAGUGCAGCGGUCGUCCCUGCUGACGGAGUUCAUCCCCCCCAAACCUACUCGUACCGACAAGGACUCAGAUGAGGAGCUGAGUGAAUCCCUCAUGGACCUGCCGCCCCCGCUUCUGGAGCCUGAAGGCUUGCCAACACGGAGCAGCACCGAGACCCAACUGCAGCCCAAUAUGCUGAAGUGCGAGUACUGCGGCAAAAUGGCCACUGCCGUCAAGUUCCGGCGCUCUAAGCGGUUCUGCUCCAUGGCAUGUGCCAAGCGCUAUAACGUGGCCUGCUCUAGACGUGUUGGCUUGUUCAAGAACAAAGCAGGUACAGUGAAGCUGGUCAAGAAGAGGAAGCAUCCCCUGGCGGUUAGGAAAGGCUGGCGACCGGGAAGAGGGGGCCGCCUCGCUUACAACAUCAAUAUGAGACUGCCAGAGGAGGCCAGCAGUUCUAACAGUGGUCAGGAGGAGACCAGUUCCUCUCCCACCUCCCCUAUCCCCUUGCCGGACAUGGAGAUGGACACUCUCUCGCCAUCCUCAGAACCAUCCAAGUGGACGGUGAUGGAGGUGUAUGAGUUCAUCAAGUCGCUGCCGGGCUGCGCCACCUAUGCGGAGGAGUUCCUCUCCCAGGAGAUCGACGGCCAAGCACUGCUGUUGCUAAAGGAGGACCAUCUGAUGACGGCCAUGAACAUCAAGCUUGGCCCCGCUCUCAAGAUCUGUGCCCGCAUAUCCAGCCUCAAGGACGAGUGCGUGUAACACUCACAGUGCUGUGCUCAAAGACAGGCAAACCAUGUUAUACCUUGCUGUGCAACACUCCCGAGAUGGAAAACAUUUGUGAUUUGAAGAGACUGGUGUCACAACGUAAAUUGAUCCAUGGCAGGGGUGUGUCCCUGUGUGAUGACUGGACAUGGUUUGAACAGGCAGCUAUCACAUCAGUGGAACAUGUCAUAUCCAGCUGCGCCUGUAUCUUCCACCAAGCUGAGCCACAUGGCUUCAUACAUCAUCACCAGCCUUUAUAAACUAUACCAGCUCAUGUUGCACACAUGGACAUUGCUUUGUAGUUGAGAGCACAGCUUGUUGUUAGAGGUACACCUUCACCCAGAUGAGUUCUACAAGUGCAGUGCCAUUGCUCCUGUUCAAGUCAACAUUUGUAGAAUUGUUGGUCACACAAGACUGAUGGGUGUCAGUCAGGGCUUGUAGUAUGGGCCUAGACUCAACUAUACCAGAACCAAAGAUACAUGUGUAAGCAAUCCAGUUUCAGAUAAGAGUAAUAGUCAUUGGGAAAACAUCACCCCAAUUUACUGUUGUAUGUCAUUUUACAUGUUACAUCCUUUCUAUGUAGUGUAAUUAGCCCCAUGUAACUACACAGUAUCCUGUACCUAUUUAGUCACCUAUUCAUUAUGUAUGAGCCAAGCAACAGUCAUCCACACCCGACCUGUCUACCCAGAGUUCCCUCCCCUGUGCCAGGCCUUGUGGUAAGGCAGGACACAAAUGUUCUACAGUCUCUGUAACAAUAGUGCUGAACUGAACCAUUACUCAUUCUAAGAGGCAUUAUGCUGUAACACACUCAAAAUGUUGAUAGUAAAUCCACUCCUGUCUGGGGCCUGUGGAGCUUUCCACUGGAAGGGUGUCUUGCCUCAGUAGCUUUCUCCGGGUUAAAGAGAUUUAUAGUAAGAUGGGAUUGUUUCCGGUCUCUCAUAAAAAAUAGUUUGAUGGCACUCACUGAAUAUUCUAUUUAUUGUACAAUUCAAGGUAUACAUGCAUGUUUCUUCUCAAACAGCACUGAAUACCAUAAAUGUUAGGAAACUGUUCCAGUUUUAGAAAUAGAAAAAAACACUUGUUCCUGAUGACUGCAAAACAAGAUCUAAAAAGAUUUCUAAUUGUUUGUUUAAUCGGAUUAAUUCAUAUCAUGAGUUGCUCAAUAUUUAUUUCAUCAAUGGUGUGAUAUUAUUUACUGGUAGAGAAGUGAUCAUCUAACAUAUUUUGGGGCACAAGAUUUCAGAGGCUUCAGGUUCUCCUUUUAGAAUUGUUUGUUCCAUACACAAGAUGGUUUCCAGGAGAUAAGACUUCAAAAGGAUCAUUUUAAGAAUUUCAGGAUCUUUCAGAUAUUUUUGUAUUUGAAAUAGAACUUUACCAUGAUGCUAGUGAUUACCGUGCAGCACAUUUUAAAGUUGUAAUCAAUAUAGCUUUAGUUAUGCCAACUGUGGAUCUAUUAUGCAUAAUUUUAUUAUUGACCAUAUUCAUCCAGGAAUGAUAGACCACAAUACCGUAUCAUUCUCACACUUUUUUACUGUCAUGACCAACAUGCUUGAAUCUCACACCUUGCCAAUGUUAAACCUUGUACAUAAGCAGAAACCUACAACUGUACAUACAGCUUUGUAAUAUUUGUAGCAUUGUCAUUUUCUACUUCACAGAAUCUGUAGCAACCCGCCUCCUUAUUAACUUUUCAAUAUGUAAAAUAACUACUUAGCCUACUGCCAGGUCAAAGCAUGUGAUGAUGUUCACUGCCGGGUCAAAGCAUGUGAUGAUGUUCACUGCCAGGUCAAAGCAUGUGAUGAUGUUCAUUGCCUGGUCAAAGCAUGUGAUGAUGUUCACUGUCAGGUCCAAGCAUGUGAUGAUGUUCACUGCUGGAUUAAAGCAUGUGAUGAUGUUCACUGCCAGGUCCAAGCAUGUGAUGAUGUUCACUGCCAGGUAAAAGCAUGUGAUGAUGUUCACUGCCGGAUUAAAGCAUGUGAUGAUGUUCACUGCCGAAUUAAAGCAUGUGAUGAUGUUCACUGCCAGGUCAAAGCAUGUGAUGAUGUUCACUGCCGGAUCAAAGCAUGUGAUGAUGUUCACUGCCAGGUCAAAGCAUGUGAUGAUGUUCACUGCCGGAUCAAAGCAUGUGAUGAUGUUCACUGCCAGGUCAAAGCAUGUGAUGAUGUUCACUGCCGGAUUAAAGCAUGUGACAGUGUUCAUUGCCAGGUCAAAGCAUGUGAUGAUGUUCACUGCCAGGUCAAAGCAUGUGAUGAUGUUCACUGCUGGAUUAAAGCAUGUGAUGAUGUUCACUGCCAGGUCAAAGCAUGUGAUGAUGUUCACUGCAAGGUCAAAGCAUGUGAUGAUGUUCACUGCCGAAUUAAAGCAUGUGAUGAUGUUCACUGCCAGGUCAAAGCAUGUGAUGAUGUUCACUGCCAGGUCAAAGCAUGUGAUGAUGUUCACUGCCGGAUCAAAGCAUGUGAUGAUGUUCACUGCCAGGUAAAAGCAUGUGAUGAUGUUCACUGCCAGGUCAAAGCAUGUGAUGAUGUUCACUGCCGGAUUAAAGCAUGUGACAGUGUUCAUUGCCAGGUCAAAGCAUGUGAUGAUGUUCACUGCCGGGUCAAAGCAUGUGAUGAUGUUCACUGCCGGAUUAAAGCAUGUGACAUUGUUCACUGCCAGGUCAAAGCAUGUGAUGAUGUUCACUGCCGGGUCAAAGCAUGUGAUGAUGUUCGCUGCCGGGUCAAAGCAUGUGGUGAUGUUCACUGCCGGGUCAAAGCAUGUGAUGAUGUUCACUGCCGGAUCACUCGUCACGAUAUGGCUGAAAUAUUGCCGAUGUAAUGUAAAGCUUUAACUCACUCACUCACUGCCGGAUCAAAGCAUGUGAUGAUGUUCACUGCGAGUUCAAAGCAUGUGAUGAUGUUCACUGCCAGUUCAAAGCUUGUGAUGAUGUUCACUGCCAGGUCAAAGCAUGUGAUGAUGUUCACUGCCGGGUCAAAGCAUGUGAUGAUGUUCACUGCCAGUUCAAAGCAUGUGAUGAUGUUUACUGCCAGAUUAAAGCAUGUGAUGAUGUUCACUGCCAGGUCAAAGCAUGUGAUGAUGUUCACUGCCGGGUCAAAGCAUGUGAUUGUGUUCACUGCCGGAUUAAAGCAUGUGGUGAUGUUCACUGCCGGGUCAAAGCAUGUGAUUGUGUUCACUGCCGGAUUAAAGCAUGUGGUGAUGUUCACUACCGGGUCAAAGCAUGUGAUUGUGUUCAUUGCCAGGUCAAAGCAGAUGGUCGUGUUCACUGACUGUAUGCUUGUAGUGAUAUCUGAUAGAUACUGGGAUCGUCUCUGUGCGUAAUGGAGCAAGGGAGGCCACCUUUUGUUUAACAUGUCAUCAAAAAACAGGUGUACUUUGUCAUUAUCGUUUCCUUUUGUUAAACUUACAUAGUCAUCAAUGUGUGUCUUGUGCCAUUUUGUUGAAGUAUCUGUACAAUUUUAUUGUGUGGCUUGAUCAGUUCAUGUCCUACCAUACACUCAGUGAUAAAUAGUUGUCUCCGGGUAGAUCAGUUUCUGGUUGCAGGGUGUAUGGUAUCAGAAAAUAAGGGACAACUUAUAGCCUAUCAUCAUCUGUACUUCCAGGGCUAACAUCUUGGUCAACCUGCACUAACCCCUGGAUUCGUUCCUGUGGUUCUCGCAAUCUCAAGUAACACCACCUUGAUUUUAAUUUGGCAAUUUGAUUGGCUACACUACUAGGUCUAACGUACCAAUCAGAAUGUGAGUUACAAACCAGUCUCAAAGUUGGGUUGGCCAGUUCUAUUGAGUAUGGUUGGGAACGCGAGAAAUUCAACAUUCAAAAACUGACUGAAUUUAUUUUUUUUAAUGGAAAGGAUGUCUUCAUGUCCAUUAAAACUGGUGGUGGCUUUGGUUUCUAGGUAAUAUAGUUACCUCCCUGUUGAUGUUAGAUUGGUCGGUAAAGUGUCAUUGAAAAUCAAGGGUGGGUUAUUUGCGAUGGCAAAAACCUCGGGGAUGAAUCCAUGGGUUAGUGUAGGUUUAUUGAAAUGCUAGCCCUGGAGAUUUAGAGGAUGAUACAUACAGUAUAAAAAAAACAAAACAUUUGUACAAUACAGUGAGGUGCAGUGGAUUGUCAAGUGGUUAAAGCAUUUCGGCACUGUGCCACUCUCCAUGUGGGUAACAUACUAAAAGCAGUGAAAAAACUUGCACCCUCAAUACACUGCAGAUGUUAACCAUCCUGUCUUGUGUGUUUUGUAUGCUUCUGUAUUUUUCUUUGUUAAUGCUGAGACCAAGUCUGUAGACUUACUUAUUUAUGGUGCUGAAUAAAUAUCAUACAGCAAA